CAGCGAGUGACCGGCGGGCCAGCGGCGGCCGGCAGCGGCUAAAGCUAGGCCGCAAGGCAGGCACCCCCACCCUCACAAGUCACGGCAAGAUACUCCCCAUUCCCGGGACUCUCUCUCUCUCUCACCAACUCCCGGAUUCCGUUUUCCACCCGCCCGCUCCGCUCUCGGCGCAUCAUUCCUUGCCAGCGGCCCACGCAAAUCCCAAAUCCCAAACCCCGCGCCGAUGGACACGCAGCUCGAGCCCACCCGCGCCGCUCUUAUACGCCGCAGCCUGCUCGGGCAGCCGUGAUAACGCUCGUUCACCUCCCACGUGCCGACUCUGGUGGCCUUGGGGCGGCGGGGCGGCGAGAUGCUGGGGUCCGGGCUGAAUCUGGUGACCACGGUGAUCGGCUUCGGGAUGAGCGCCACCUUCAUCGUCUUCGUCUGCGCACGCCUCAUCUGCGGACGCGCCGUGCGGGCCGACGCCGAGGCCGACGUCGCCGCCGCCCGGGCCAUGGCUCCGGGCCCCGCGCCGUUCGACUUCGACAUCGAGUUCCGCACCGCGGAUCUCGAUCGCACGAUUCAGAACACCUGCAGUGGAUUGGAACCUUUCGUUGUUGCUGCAAUUCCAACAAUGACGUAUAGCUCUGAAGCCUUCCAUUCAAAAGAUGAUGCCCAGUGCUCCAUAUGUUUGGGUGAAUACGACGAGAAAGAGAUCCUGCGUAUAAUGCCCACAUGCCGACAUAAUUUUCAUCUUUCCUGUAUAGAUAUAUGGUUAGAGAAGCAAACGACCUGCCCAAUAUGCCGAAUCUCGUUGGACUUACCGGGUGGAAAAGCCAGUGCUUCCCCUGCCCGUAGCCUCCCUCAAUUAUUUGGCCACCCUGAGAGCUCUGCCAGUCGAUCACCGCAUUGGAUACUUCCUAUGCAUCGUGAUCGUAGCGGGGGUAGAGGUAACAGACCGGCCUCACAAGAAUCAUUAGAAGUGGUCAUAACAUGAAAUGCACUGAGACAAAAUCAAGACACGUUGGUCAGGCUAUGUUGUUCCUUGCGGUGCAUCGAGGACGUCUGCCAUUUGCAGAAAUCCUGUGCAUCCUUCUUCCAUCACAAUUCACCACACUUUGGGCAUAGAAUUGGAGGCAAUUUGUUUGUAGGCCCGGCCUUUAGGCAUGCUUUCUAUGUCACGGGUUGUAGAUUAGCGAGUUCCCCAUUUCGCCACUUCGUGGCUCUUUGUAUGUUCGUUUUGAUGUGCAUUUGUUGUAUAUUCUCAAAGGAAAUAGUUGUACCGAUCA